CGAAUGAUAAAAAGUAAAAAUCUUUAAGAAAGGGCAAAGCGUCGGUUGCUCCUGCUAGUCCAGUCGUAGAGUUUUAUCCUUUAUAAAGAAUGCCUGGAGGGGUAGGAAAGAAUAAAGGAGCCAGUACCGGGUCCGUUCAUCAGAAGAGCAGACACGUUAAAGCCAAGAAACAAAAGAAAAGGUUUAUGAGGGCAAAAGACCCAAUUCAAGCCGUCUUUAUGUGGGGGAUACAGCACAGUAUUAAUGAAAUAAUGCUACAGCCAGAACCCUCUCUAUUGCUUGAGGAAGACUUUAAAGCUUUCAGUAAGAUCCGAGUCGAGAAUCAACAUUACAGCAAAGAGUACCUCCCCGGCCAUUUCAAAUUCAAAGAAUAUUGCCCGAUUGUAUUUCAUGACCUUCGGAAAAGAUUUAAGAUCGAUGACUACGACUACAUGUCUUCUUUGACUCAGCAUGCUCAUCUAGCGAUGGACAAUCCUGGGAGAAGCGGUUCUACUUUCUUUGUAACGAGUGACAAGAAGCUAAUCAUCAAAUCCUUGAGCUCUGAGGAAGUUGCAUUGUUACAUCAGAUAUUGCAACCAUACCAUGCACACAUAGUAACACAAGAGGGUCAAACUCUCCUUCCUCAAUAUCUUGGCAUGUAUAGGCUAACAGUCAAUAGUGCCGAGACGUAUUGGAUAGUAAUGAGAAAUAUACUGAGCCACAAGUACAAGACACAUCUCAAGUUUGAUCUGAAAGGAUCCACUGUUGACAGGGCGGCCAGUGAAAAGGAAAAGGCUAAAAUAAGACCAACUUUAAAGGAUAAUGAUUUCAUUCAAAUGGAACGCAAGAUAAUGAUUGGCGAUGCAUCAAAAGCUUCUUUCUUAUCCAUACUUGAAUCUGAUGUUGGACUGCUAGAAAAAUUGAACCUAAUGGAUUACAGUUUGCUGGUUGGUAUAACAGAUUUCGGAGCUGCUCCCACGGACUCAGAUGACGAAGAAUGGCUGGAUGACGACGAUGUUGAUUUCUCUGGUGACGAACUAAGAGAAGACUCACCUACCUCACCUCUCCCUGAUGAUAUGGGGAAGAGCAACGUUGAGGGUGAACCGACUUCCCCUGUACCUCCAACAGGUGCAUCUCCUCCUAAAGCGGAGGAGCUUGUUGUCAUCAAAGAAGACGAAGUCAUUGAGAAAGAACCUUCUGGAAGUCCAACUGGUGCCGCGUCACCAGUGUAUCGGCCGAUACUGGUCAACGGAGAGAAGGAAGUGGUUCAAGCUAAGGCAGACGGUUAUUAUCCUAUCAUUGAUAAGUCUGUAGACAUAUUUGCUGUACUGUCUCUACCAGAAUCGAGGAAGGAAGUAUAUUACAUUGCAAUUAUUGAUGUACUGACUAACUAUGGUGCCAGGAAGAGAGCAGCACAUGCUGCUAAGACAAUGAAGCAUGGACAUGGUGCUGAAAUAUCGACAGUUAAACCUGGACAAUACGCAAGACGGUUUUUAGAUUUUGUACACAAAAGCAUCCAGUGAACUAAGAUAAUAAUAAAAUCACUGUGUUUGUGUGUUUAAUGGUGUUGUAUGGGUAGUCCUUCUCUUUCUUACAAGGAAUGGAGCAUGGGUUAACUAUGCAAUACCGUGUGUAUGUACGUGUGUGUGUGUUUGUUAUCUUUUAUUGAAUAAUGUUUGUAUCAUGUGAUUUUCACGUGACAGAGUCCUCGUA